GUAAACCGAUCUUGUUCGAUUUUGCUCUGCAUACAGGUGAUGAUUUUUUGACGAUAAAAUGACAAGUAAAUAUCGUUACACUGUGAGCAGCAAGGGAUUAACAGAUGAGCAGAGAAAGGCUUAUGAUGAAAAUGGCUAUGUGUUGGUGAAAAAUCUUUUUCCCCACUCAUUGCUCAAUGAAUUCAGUUCCUAUUUCGACGAUGUAUGUACCGGUAAAAUUGCUACUACCUCCAGAAUGGUUAAAGAUCCUCUACUUAAGAAACUAGGAGUUAAAGGAGAAAGUGCAAUUUUCAAGCUGCAAGAUUUUCUGAACGAUGAUUUUUUAUUCAGAUAUGCUACAUAUAAACCGCUAUUAGAUGUAGUUGAAAGCAUCAUCGGUCCAGAUAUUAUUGCCGUCAACUCUAUGCUUAUCAAUAAACCACCCGAUGCUCAUCCUGAUCUGUCUAGGUAUCCAAUACAUCAGGAUUUACAUUAUCUACCCUUCAGACCUGUUAACACGACCGUAGCAUCUUGGACCGCGAUGGAAUCGAUAAAUAAGGAACACGGUUGUCUUUUUACGUUUCCCGGAUCACAUAAAAAGGAAGAACUGUAUCCACAUGACUACCCUCAGGGUCUCAGGAACCCUCUGUUUCACGGAGUUACAUCCUCAACUGAGGGAUCUAGGACUUACGUUACCAUGGAAAAGGGAGACACUAUGUUUUUUCACCCUCUACUUCUUCACGGUUCUAGGCCAAAUUUAACAGCAGAAUUUAGGAAAGUCAUAUCCUGCCAUUUUACAUCAACAAAUUCUUAUUUCAUAGACGUUAAAGGCACUUCUCAGGAAGGAAUUAUGAAAGAGAUGGUUGAUUAUAUGAACGGAUGGGUUGAAGACUAUAUGGUGAUCUGGAAAUUGAAAAGUAGGCACGUUUCAGGGAAAAAUGGCUCUUUGUUGAAUAUACAGAAUCACUUGUGACGAUUACACGUCCAACUGUAAAUUAAUAGAUGAAUGGAAUGUUCAAGCAUAUAAAACGAUUCAUUAAAUUUUUGUAAGAUUGUAAUAUGUAGAAUAA